AUGACAAUUAAGAGUAUGAUGACAUCCAUACAAGGACAAUUUGGAAUUGUAGUACAUAAGCUACAGUGUAAUAGAGCAAAACAGAUUGCCAAGGGAGAGCAUUGGGGUAACCAUAUAGCUGCAUACUAUAAAUUGCCAGCAUAUUGUGAGAUGUUGUUAAACAAAAAUUCUGGUUCAGUAGUUUUGUUGCAUCCAGAAGUAAGGCAUGACUUCAAUGAAGACCCAACUUUUCAGAGAUUAUUUAUUUGUUUGGAUGCUUGUAAGAAGGGGUUUGUGAGUGGAUGUGGACCUUUUAUAGGUUUAGAUGGAUGUCAUCUAAAGGGAAGAUAUGGUAGAAUUAUGUUAUCUGCUGUCUCUGUUGAUGGGAACAAUUGCUUGUUUCCCCUUGCAUUUGCUAUUGUUGAAGGUCUUAUACAUGCUAUCAGCAGUAUAUUUUCAGGUGCUCACCACAGAACUUGCGGUAGGCAUCUCUAUAGUAAUUUCAAAGCCUCCUUUCCUAGAUUGUUAUUGAAGUCACUAUUUUGGAAAGCGGCACAAGCAAGCUCUGUAUGGGUUUAUGAGAGAGCAAUUAAAAAGAUGAAAUACACUAAUGUGGAAGCACAUGAUUGGUUGCUUAGGAAUCCCCCUAGUACAUGGUCCAUACAUGCUUUUGACACUAGGACAAAAUGUGAUCAUGUUACUAAUAACAUGAUAGAGUCUUUCAACAGUUGGAUAGGGCCAAUGAGAAACAAGACUAUUCUAAGCCUAAUCGAUGAUAUUAGGGGAAAAUUGAUGAUUAGACUACGGGAAAAAUAUAUCUUUACUUGCUCUGUUGAAGGGAAGGUAACACCAUCUAUGAAGAAGAAGCUGAAAUUGAUUGUGAGUAAUGCAAGGUUUUGUCACGCCCAAUUUGCUGGAGAAAAUCAGUAUGAAGUCAUCGAUGGAAGUACAAGAUUUACAGUCAAUUUGAGCACUCAACAUUGUGAUUGUGGAGUUUGGAGGAUUUCAGGAAUCCCUUGUAAGCAUGAAAUAACAUGCAUUCGAGAGUAG